GUUGUCUUCACACAGCUCGUGUUGGUGUCUGAUCCAGACUGGAGUGACUGAAUCUGAUGCAGCUCAGCUUUCAGAUGAUCCUCUCCUGCUGGAAUCCGACCACAGCAGUGCAAAAUGAAUGAAGUCCUGUUUCAAGUCUUCUCUGGCACAUCCUUAGCCAGCAAAAUUGCGCUUCCAUAAUCACACGCAUCAGGACAUUCCACCAAGAGAAAAGUUUAGCUGCUGAAGCAGGUUAAAUAUACGAAUAUGGCAACCAGAAGAUGUUCCAGUACUCAGCAAACGUCUUCUGGAACCGUCCACAUGAACACAUCUUACACACAGAAACUCAGGAAGCAUAGAAAUCACUACUGCUUGGAGUGUGGAAAGAGUUUUACUCUACGGAGUACUCUCAAAAUCCACCAGCGCAUUCACACAGGAGAGAAGCCGUAUUACUGCGCAGAUUGUGGGAAGAGUUUUAAUCAGCAGAGCCAUCUACAACACCAUCAACGUAUUCACACAGGAGAGAAACUGUUUCACUGCUCAGAGUGUGGAAAGAGUUUUAAUCGACGAAGUACUCUCCAGCAGCACCAGCGCAUUCACACAGGCGAGAAGCCAUAUAACUGCUCAGAGUGUGGGAAGAGUUUUAAUCAACAGAGCCAUCUCCAACACCACCAGCUCAUUCACACAGGAGAGAAACUGUUUCACUGCUCAGAGUGUGGAAAGAAUUUUAAUCGACGAAGUAAUCUCCAGCAGCACCAGCGCAUUCAUACAGGAGAAAAGCCGUAUUACUGCUCAGAGUGUGGGAAGAGUUUUAAUCAACAGAGCCAUCUCCAACACCACCAGCUCAUUCACACAGGAGAGAAACUGUUUCACUGUUCAGAGUGUGGAAAGAAUUUUAAUCGACAGAGUAAUCUCCAGCAGCACCAGCGCAUUCACACAGGAGAGAGGCCGUAUUACUGCUCAGGGUGUGGGAAGAGUUUUACUGUACAGAGUCAUCUCCAACAACACCAGCGCAUUCACACAGGAGAGAGGCCAUACCACUGCUCAGAGUGCGGAAAGAGUUUUGCUGUGCAGAGUUAUCUCCAGCAACACCAGCGCAUUCACACAGGAGAGAAGCCAUAUCACUGCUCAGAGUGUGGGAAGAGUUUUUAUCGGCGGACUCAUCUCCAACAGCACCAGCGCAUUCACACAGGAGAGAAGCCGUAUCACUGCUCAGAGUGUGGAAAGAGUUUUACUGUCCAGAGUAAUCUUCACCAGCACCAACGCAUUCACACAGGAGACAAAAAACACCACUGCUUGGAGUGUGGAAAGAGUUUUACUCAACUGAGUAACCUCAAAACACACCAGCGCAUUCACACAGGAGAGAAGCCGUAUUACUGCUCAGAGUGUGGGAAAAGUUUUAAUCAACAGAUUCAUCUCCAAAAACACCAGCUCAUUCACACAAGAGAGAAACCAUUUCAUUGCUCAAAGUGUGGGAAGAGUUUUAAUCGACAGAGUAAUCUCCAACGACACCAGCACAUUCACACAGGAGAGAGGCCUUAUCACUGCUCAGAGUGUGGGAAGAGUUUUAAUCAUCAGAGUUCUCUUCAAGAACACCAGCGCAUUCACACAGGAGAGAAGCCAUAUUACUGCUCAGAGUGUGGGAAAAGUUUUACUGUACAGAAUAAUCUCAAAAAACACCAGCGCAUUCACACUGGAGAAAAGCCGUAUUAUUGCUCAGAGUGUGGGAAGAGUUUUAAUCUGCAGAGUACUUUACAACAACACCAGCGCAUUCACACAGGAGAGAAGCCGUAUUACUGCUCAGAGUGUGGGAAGAGUUUUACUCUACAGAGUACUCUCCGAAAACAUCAGCGCAUUCACACAGGAGAGAAGCCGUAUCACUGCUCAGACUGUGGGAAGAGUUUCAGGCAUUCUAAUACUAUGAAGACACACAAAUGCACUAGGAGCAGUGAUGGAAAUGGGCAGUAAAUACUGUAAACGGAACACAUUCCGGGAGUAGAAGUGUCCAGGGAGCAGUGUCUCCAGUCCAGACCUUUUGUUGUUAUAUGCUCUUUUCAAAACAUGAACUUAAACUGAAAUAUAAUUUCCUGUCCAGCCUACAGGUCAUAUACCCAGUGCAAAAGUGUAGAACUUCAAAUUCCUUCCAAAAUUAGUUUUGUUUGAAGUGGUCUUAAAAAUGAUCAUGAAGCCCCACAUAAGAGAUUUGAUUUCUUAUUUAGUGUAUCUAAGCUAGUACAGUGUUUCUGAUGACAUGAUGGGUGUUUGAUAAACAUUUGAUACAGUGCUUGGCUCAUGGAAUCUUGGCCUUCCGUAUUUUAAUCUUUAGAUGAUUUUUGUGUGCCAUAAAUUUAGAGUGUUCUUGUUCAUGACUAAUGAAGGAGAUAUGGACCCAAAACUGCAACAGCGAUGUUUUGGUGGGCAGAACUGUACAGCUUUGUAAACAACAUACAGGAGUAUAAAUGAGAUCGAGCUGUCUGAGAGACAUACUGGUAACCUCUCCUCAGUGUAUCCUACACAUGCUGGUUUGAUGCAGCAUAAUGUUGCAUACAAGAAAGACUACAAAUCAUCCAUGAUCUUUCCAUUACUCUUUUCAGAGACUUUAAGGCCUUUGUGUCAAACACAAGAUAAGGCUGUGGCACAAGAUGCAAUGCGUCUUGAUCAAGCACAUAAGUAGCCUAAAUCUCACCAGUGACACUGCGUCCAGUUUUGUUCCUGCACAAAUCCAAGUCUGCAUUAAAGUAGUUUUGAUUUUUAAUGAUGAAUCAAUAUGUAUAUGCAUGUUCAAAAACAGAACCUGAGUAAAAGAGUUUUAUUGACAUAAGUUUGAUGAUGAUAGGAAAAAGUCUUAGCCAGCUGCUUAACUAGUGGCCUAUGAAACAAAUAAAACAUGAAGUAAAUGUAGAUUAAUAUUACAGUACAAUAUUGUGGCUAUUUUUCAAUGAUAAAAUAUGUUUCAUAUAUGUUAUUGCAAGUUGCUGUCACUUAGGUACUUCAAGUAACACUGAUAUCAGCCCAUAUGGAUUUCCAUGUAAAAUCUUUUUUUUUUUUUUUUUUUUAAGUUUUGCUACUAUAUGACUGUAUGAGGGGAAAUGUAGUACUACAUAUUUCCCUAUGAGCUCUGAACAGUAAUUCUGUCACAAUCAGAUUUGUUUUACACUUUUUUGCUUUUUAGACUUAACAGUCUAAGCACUCAUCUAAUCAGACUGCAGAUGGAGUAUGAAGUUUUUUGUUGUGCACACAGUGUGCAAAGACAGAACAGUGAUUGCCUAGAAUCCAGAUAAGCUAAUGUUAAUAAUGAGCCAUUAGAGAAACCAUAACAUCACUCAGACAGAAUUUUAAAUAAGAUGUUAUGCUGUAAUGUUCAGAUAAUCACUCAGUCAGACUGUAGGAAAAUAUUUCCUCAUCUUCUUUAUUUAAAAAUGUGUUUUCAAAAAGUACUUUUACUUCUCGUCCUCACCUUACAGAUAAAUUUUCAUCAGCACUUUUCUGUUUGUUUUCUAUCACAGAGUGAAGCCUUGUUUUGCGCUCUCUCUCUCUCUCUCUCUCUCCGCUUUUGUGUUUGUCUUUAACUGUGUGAGAGGCUUUUUAAAUAAAGUGAAAAACAUUACUGAUUGUGUAUGAAGUAAUUAUGACUACCAGAGGAAUGCAUCACAGCAAAGAAUCAAAGCUGAAUAAAUUGCUGUUGUUAUUAAUCAUUUUAAUAGUAGAAAUGUUCUGUAAAUAUAAUGUUUACUGGCUGUAAUGUUAAUUAACAUAAGCUAAUGUGACAGAAGGUAAGUUGGUGGGCAGCAGGACUUUUACUGGUUAAUUGUUAAUUGAGUAAACUACCUGUUAUUUUGAUUCUCAUUAAAGUAAUUUGUUUGUUAAGGCCAGUGCAAACUGUGAA